AUGUCCUUUAGAAAAAGGGGAGAGAUCGUUAGCGGACCAACUUCUCGAUCGGUUGGAGUCUCUGGACCUGUAAUUCCCAGAGCUGCUCCUGGUAGAGGAGCUGGUCAAUACGUGUCUCGAACAGCUUUGCCUGGGGGUAUACCUAAGAAGAAUUCUGAGAAUGCUUUGGCUAAUCAUGUUGGUGUGAAGCCAUCGAUUCUUACAUCGCAGCCAUGCAUAUCCACUGGUUCCAGUGACAUAGAUACUCUAUUAGGCCAUCAGGGACUACCUAUAGGGUCUUCAAUACUGAUCGAAGAAACAGGAACCACAGAUUUUGCAUCUACUUUGUCGAAAUUAUUUCUGGCUCAAGGCAUUGUUCAUAACAGAAUCAAGUCAUCCCAGCCCAAUACCCACGAUGUUGUGGUGGGAUUGGACCAAAAUUGGGCUAAAAGUCUUCCGGGAGUAUACAAGGGGAGUAAAGAGAGGAAGAAAGAAAAAGUCCAGCAAAACGAGUCUAAGGUUAGUGUCUCCAACAUUGUGAAUCAGAAUAAUGAUUUGAAGAUAGCAUGGCGUUACGGGCUGAAUCAAAGGAAAAGCGAAAAUGACGAUGAUACAAUAGACCAAUAUCCACAUUACAAUAACCAGUUUGAUAUCACCUCUGUGCUUACGGUCGCACCUGGACCUCACGAGCUAACCUGUAUUCCUAAUGAUAAUUUGACAAGAGCAUUGAAACGGAUCGAAGAAACUGUGAUCAAACAACCUAGCAAAAUAGUAAGAAUUGCAGUGCCCUUGUUUUUGAAUCCGUUGGUUUAUCAAAAUGAGAGUAGCGCACCCGAGAUCUUGAGGUUUGUUCAUGGUCUGAAGCAAAUACUCAAGAAAUACCCAAAUCAGGUUGCCCUACUCAUGACCAUCAACCUGGACUUGUACCCUCGAAAUAACCCCCUUAUCGGCUACAUGGAGCUGCUGUUCGAUUCUGUCAUUGAACUGCGUCCUUUUGACCCUCAGUUGCAUGAUUUAAUGGAGCGAGUUUACAGAAAUCAGCCUGCCAAAAUAAAGCAUGGACACUUGAACGUUUACAAAUUACCUGUUUUGAGCGAGUCUGGCCUCAUGUGCGUCCAAGAAAUGGAGUAUAGCUUUAAGAAUGGACGAAGACGUUUCGAGAUUGAAAAGUGGAGUAUUCCUGUCGAGGACGAAGAAAAGAAUGAUGACAAGAAACUGGAGUUUUAG